UUAUCAAUGUUCGGUUGGUAAUGUUGCAAGUGACAGAGAAUAUCGGUGGGGUUCUAAAAUCCGAAGCCUUAACAGAUUAGGCGACAAAAAAGUGUAUUUUUAAUGUGAUUCUAUGUACUUUUAUAUUUCGUUUGCGGCGAAUUUUGAUCGAUAAGCAUGAGCAUAAAUAAGCAGUCUUUAAAAGGUUAUACGUGUAAUAAGAUAAAUGCAAAUUAUGGAACUUCGAAUAAUAUUUUUGUUUAUAUUACUCUUUAAAAGAGGAAUUUCUUUUGAAAAUUGUAAACCAAACAUAGCAAUUAUUGGUGGAGGCAUUGGAGGAGCAUCUACUUCCCAUUUUCUUACAGAAUUAUUUAAAAGUAACCUUAACAUUGAUUUAUAUGAAGCAAAAACUAUUGGUGGACGUUUAGCAACAGUAGAAAUUGAUGAUGACCUGUUUGAAGCUGGUGGUUCGAUCAUACAUCCUCAAAAUAAAUAUAUGCAAGAAUUUGUUAAAUUACUUGGUUUAGAACAUAAACAAACUAAUGAUAAAAAAACUGCAAUUUGGAAUGGUAAUGAAUUUGUGUUUGAGGAAAGUAACUGGAACGUAAUAUCUUUUGCUAAACUACUUUAUAGAUAUGGUACUCAACCAUUCAGCCUUAAUAGAUAUAUACAAUCUAUACUAAAUGACUUUGCAAAGAUAUACGAUUUACAGGAUGCUGGAAAAUAUUUUGAGAAUGUAACAGGUUUACUAUCAGAAAUGAAUAAUGAAUUUCCAAAGUUAUUACAAGUAUCUAUUAAAAAUCAUCUUUUAAAUCUGGGUUAUUCAGAAAAAAUAAUAGAUGAACUUGUUAAAACAACAUUAAUUGUAAAUUACGGACAAGAUACUAAUGUCCAUAGUUUUGUUGGUUGUGUAUCUUUAGCUGGAAUGGGUUUCAGCUUGUGGUCUGUUAAAGAAGGAAAUAAAAAGGUACCUGAACGUUUAAUAUAUGAAAAUCAUAAUGUACAUAUUAUACCUUCAUAUGUUGAAAAAAUUGUUAAUACUGUAAAAGAAAAUGGCAAACAAUCAUAUGAAGUGUAUUACAGUGUUAAAGAUAGUAAAAUUGGUACAACUACAAUGAAAUCAACAUAUGAUAUUGUAAUUAUUGCUACCUCGCUUACCAAUGAUCAACAGUUUCCCAUAGAUUUUGAGGGAUUCCCAAAUAAUGACUUUCAUGGAGCAGAGAAAUAUCAUAAAACUAUAGCUACUUUUGUUAAAGCUGAUUUAAAACCACAUUAUUUUGGUUCAGAGGAAGAAAUUGAUAAUAUCCUUAGUUGUAAUCCUAAUAAAACAAUAAUCAAUUCUGUGGGAAAAUUAAAUUCUGUAAUGGGAAAAAUAGGGAAUAGUAAAGUUUGGAAAAUCUUUAGUAAUGCUCCAUUAAAAUCAGAAGUUCUGAAUAAAAUGUUUUCAAAUAUUACUGAAAUGAAGGAGAUUUCUUGGAAGGCAUAUCCUGAAUAUUCAACACAUAUCCAUGAGGCAAAAUUUAAAUUGCACAAUGCACUUUAUCAUGUGAAUGCUAUUGAAUGGGCAGCCAGUGCAAUGGAAAUGAGUGCAAUAAGUGGGAGAAAUGUAGCACUUUUAUCGUACAAAGAUUACAUUGGAAAACAUAGCUGCAAAACUAUUAAUAGAAUACAAAAUGAUGUACUUGAAAAUACACCAUCCACUGAAUUGUAAUCAAACAAAAUAAUAUUGUUAUAUAAAUAUGUAGACAUCAUUAUUUGAUACUUUGAUUAAUCUGUAUAAAUGAAAUAA